GUUCCUUCACUGCUCUGGGCUUGCCCGCGAGUUUGGGCCUCCGAGGCGGCGGAGGCGACUCUUACUGCGCACCUCCAACACCAGCCCUGCUCCCGCGCGUUUGGUUGUAAAUCGUAGGGGACCGUCUUCCCCUAGCAAGACGUGCGUCUUCUGGAACCAGAGCCUCGAGUGAGGACAGCACUGGGGAAUUCGGGGCGGUUUGACUACUCCUGCAACAUUUUUCGUCAGAGACCAUGAAGGAGACCUCCCUGCUGGCGCCUUCUUUAGUUUCCUCAAAUUAUAACCUUCCCAACCCUGCCUGAAGCGUCCAGUUUCCCCUCUCCAGCAAAAUGGUGCUGGCUAACUCAGAUCUGAGUGAUCAGUUGUGUCGUUAACUUGGCUUUCUGGUAAAUUCGUGGACAGUAGACUCCGAAAGAUUUUUUUCUGAGCACUUGCAUAUCAGUAUAUUCAGUUAAAAACAUGACUUUGCUGCCAAUUCGUCAUUUCUUACCUGGCCUUGAGAGACUGACACGCCACAAUUCAGACUUCCAUAUUUCCUAUAAAUCACAAAACGUCUUUUUAAAGUCAGGGUGCACUGAUUUAUUAUGCUGGUAACUGAUCAGCAUUUCUGUUAAAGUUUUGGAAGAAUCUUUAAAUAGCUUUUUCAGCCUCUAACUUUUUUUACAGGAAAGAAAAGUGAAGCUCUACUUCUAGAACUCGGUCUGGAUUAGAACUUCUGCCUCUUUUGUCCAUCUCUAUAUGUCCACAUUCCUUAGAGAAGAAUCAUUAUACAGAGAAAAUGGCAGAAUCACUAGUGUCUUCUAAAUAUCUAGCCAUUAAUCCCACCAAUCCAUCCCAUUUUCAUUCAAGAAAUAUAAGAAAUGCUGAAUAAAGAUUAUUAGUUGCCCAAUUCCACAGAUAAAUUGGAAUAAAUACAGGUACAGUGGAACAAAUCCAAAUACAGUAACCGGAAUGGAAGUUACUUAUUUUAAACUCAAAUACUAGAUUUUACCAUGAUCUCUUGAAGGAAAAAUAGAAUCAGGUUUUUAAAGUUUUACCAGGUAGACUUGCAGUAUAGUUUCACAGAAUAAUCCUUAGAUUUCAAUAAACUUUCAAUAAGAGCUCUCCCCUUAGAUUGUUUAUCAACUAGUCACCCGGUAGAAGAGAUCUUUAGUUUUUGAAAGGUGGUUUGGAGUCAGUUCUUACAGGAUUACUGCUUCCCAGCUGCUUGGAUGUACCCGGCAUCAUACAGAUCUCAGCAAUACAGCUCUGGCCUUCAACAUUUCUUGUCUAUCAGCACAGUGGCAUGCAACCUGGCUCUAAAGAAGGAAGACUUUCAGGCCCCCAUCGUCAGCGGAGCCAUAAGGUAAACUGCAGGAAGGUCCAGCCCGGUACACCUGGGGCCGAGGCAGCCAGGGAGGAGUGGAGAGGCCAGAGCUAUAGCUCUGUGCAGCCCACACGAGGAUGUCUCCCAGCCUUCAGGAAGGCGCUCGGCUCGGGAAAAGCAAACCCUCGCCCUGCUCCUUUUCAAUUGAGAGCAUCUUAGGACUGGACCAGAAGAAAGACUGUGUUCCAUCAAUGAAACCCCACAGGCCCUGGACAGACACCUGCGGCUCUUCAGGGAAAGAGAUUAACCUAUGUCUACAUGUCCCGAGUCUUCCUAAUGGGAUCUCAUUACCUUGUACUGUGGAUCACUCAGUGCCGGGAGAAAGUGUUUUGAAAUAUGAAGAUUACUUUUCAGCCUCAGAAAGACUUUCUUUGAAAAGAGAGUUGAGUUGGUAUAGAGGCCGAAGACCCAGAACCGCUUUUACUCAAAACCAGAUUGAAGUGUUGGAAAAUGUCUUUAGAGUAAACUGCUAUCCUGGCAUUGAUAUCAGAGAAGACUUAGCUCGAAAAUUGAACCUAGAGGAAGACAGAAUCCAGAUCUGGUUCCAAAAUCGGCGUGCAAAGCUGAAAAGAUCCCAUAGAGAAUCACAGUUUCUCAUGGCAAAAAAAACCUUCAACACAGAUCUCCUGGAAUAGAUAGAAAACUAAACAUGGGGAAUUAUCUUCCAAUUGCGGAAUAUAAAGAAUCAAUGGGAAUAUCAAGUGUUAAAAAUGUGAUGUUUUCUUUUCUGUGUUUAAUCUGAGUAUUGUCUUUUUUUUCUGAAAAUAUAUUGUAAAUAAUUACUAUUAUAACAUGGUACCUAUUAUACUUGGGCACUUCUAGUUACAAU